AUGAAGCAGCUAUACCUGAUCUUUCUUUUUGUAAGAGUUCUUUUCAGUGCUUCCGAGAGCUCUGAUCAUGCAGUCUGUGGAAACAGACCACUAGUGGUGGAUUUCCGUGGCUCCCGCGUGGUGGGGGGAAAGAAUUCGGAGCCGGGUAACUGGCCCUGGAUGGUUAGUAUUCAGGAGCAUAGUGAAGACGGUGAAUAUUAUUGGUGGAGGCUGGUGUUUGGCGCCAACCAACUCUCAAACAAAGAAAUAAACACUCAGAUACAAACUAUACAAGAAAAGUUUGAACAUGAGAAAUAUUACCCUGAACUGGAACAGAAUGACAUCGCCUUGCUCAGGCUGAAUCAGCCAAUCGUAUUUGACGAAUACACUCAGCCAGCGUGCCUUCCUGCCGAACAAGCCGUUCUCAGCAAAAUGGCCGACUGCUACGUCGCAGGCUGGGGAGCUCCUGAUGAAACAUCCAUUAAACCAUCAGAUAUCCUUCACGGGGUUCCAGUGAAUUUCAUUCCAGUGGAAGGCUGCAACAAGCCCAACUGGUACAAUGGAGCCGUGGGUAACUACAACCUAUGUGCAGGAUAUGAACAGGGAACUUUUGAUACAUGCCAGGGUGACAGUGGAGGACCUUUGAUGUGCAAAAGAAGGAAAGCUAACUUCUACACUGUGGUCGGGAUAACCAGCUGGGGCUCUGGCUGUGGUCAGAAGCAACGGCCUGGCGUUUACACAUCUACUCAGUAUUACCUCAAGUGGAUUUUUGAACAUAUCUCAGACAACACGAAACCUAAAUCUAAAAACUAUAAAAAAUAAGCAUGUGAAGGU